AUGGCUAAGAAUGUGAACGAUAUGAGUUAUAAGAAGGUGGAUGUCGAUGCGUUGGACCCAGAUAAGAGAAAGGAAGAAUAUCAGCCUGAUUAUCUUUGUCAAGGCCCAGGAAACGGGCCAAACGAAGAAACAGUCAAGAAGCUGCUACAGUCCAGCAAACACCUAGAAGCCCUGAAAGCUGUGUUAGAAGAUCCUCCACUGAACUCUAACGAUCAGGUAAUCAUUAACUUAUCAUAGCCUAUUCUACUAUUUAUAUCGUCUCUUCUAGGCACUGAAAAACAAAGUAUCUACCCUUGUUCUUAACGUGCUCACAAACUUCAAAACGUCCGAGAUCGACGGUGCCGUGAAGACAUUGGACUCAGAUCAAGUAGCUCUUCUGAUAAGAUAUGUUUACAAAGGAAUGGAGCUAUUGGUCGAUUCUCAGACUAGCCAGAUUCUUUGUGCAUGGCACGCUCAGCUUUUCAGCGUUGGAGGAUACGGUAUUAUAACUCAGGUAUUGACAGCAAGAAACCGGCUUUAA